AGUCAGGAAGGUCAGAGAAGGAAGGAGGUGCAAGGAGGCGUGCAGGAGAGCCAGUGUGUCGAGGUGGACGUGCUGGGAGGAUUCCUGGGCUCUUGAGCGGCUCUGAAGGAUGACCGUCGCACGGCUCGCUGCUGAAUCCCGGUGAUCGAACGGCGUCUCAUGUCCAAACGGCGGGAGGAUGGCUCAUGGCAAAGUGACCAUCACGGUGGACGAGUACAGCUCCAACCCCACGCAGGCCUUCACACAUUACAAUAUCAACCAGAGCCGCUUCCAACCUCCACACGUCCACAUGGUGGACCCCAUUCCUUACGACACUCCCAAGCCGGCGGGACACACCAGGUUCGUGUGUGUCUCUGAUACACACUCGCGUACAGAUGGCAUCCAGAUGCCUUACGGAGACGUCCUGCUCCACACGGGUGACUUCACCGAGCUCGGCCUGCCGUCGGAGGUCAAGAAGUUCAACGACUGGCUGGGUGGUCUCCCAUACGAGUUUAAGGUGGUGAUCGCUGGAAACCACGAGCUGACGUUUGAUAAGGACUUCAUGGCAGAGCUGGUCAAGCAGGAUUACUACAGAUUCCCGUCGGUCUCCAAACUCAAACCUGAGGAUUUUGACAAUGUCCAGUCGCUCCUCACAAACUGCGUGUACCUGCAGGACUCGGACGUCACCAUAAAGGGAUUCCGAAUAUACGGCGCGCCGUGGACUCCGUGGUUUAACGGCUGGGGGUUCAACCUGCCUCGGGGUCAGUCUCUGCUGGAUAAAUGGAACCUCGUCCCCGAGGGCAUCGACAUCCUGAUGACCCACGGACCUCCGCUCGGUUUCAGAGACUGGGUUCCUAAAGAGCUGCAGCGGGUCGGCUGCGUGGAGCUGCUUAACACGGUCCAGAAGAGGGUCCGACCCAAACUUCAUGCCUUCGGAGGCAUACAUGAAGGUUAUGGGAUCAUGACGGACGGCUACACGACGUUCAUCAACGCGUCCACCUGCACCGUCAGCUUCCAACCCACCAACCCCCCCAUCGUGUUCGACCUGCCCAACCCCUCCAGCUCCUGA